GAAAUCGUCCUACACGUACCAACUCCAGACAAACGACUAGACCCACCAUUUCACUGGCACGUGUAAAUGAUUAACCCCCAUGCACCACACCACCACCAUUAUAUAAUUUUCCAUGUUUAUGCAAACAAAAUCCGUAUCUUUCACUUUCAUAAUACCAUGGCCUCCUCAGCUCAAAACCAACAUCACCAAUUCCCAAACGUGUAUGGCGGCGCCACCUCAGCGCCUCCGCCGACUCCAUCGGCUCAGCCUGGCAAUCUCCUGUCCACGUCGGACGCCGCCGACACCCUCUCGAGGUUCCUCAACCGCCUCACGCCGACGCUCUCCCUCCCUAGUCGACGCUCCCAAUCCCAAACUAUCUCCACCACUUCUCCUCCGAUCAUCUCAUUUUCUGACAGAACCGCCUCCGGGGUCGUCGACGAGCUCUGCUCUUCCUCUUCGCAACUCGGUUUCUUCCAACUCACCAAUCAUUGCGUCCCAUCUGAGCUCGCUAACUCAGCUGAAUCGGAAGCUCUUUCCAUCUUCAACCUCCCUAGAGAUCAGAAAGAAUCCUGCUUCCCCAAGAACUGGCCUCUAGGUUACGACGGAGAGAACGACGAAGACGAUGAUGAAGAAGGAGAUGGACUCGGUGAGUCAUUCUGUUUGGACGCCUCGUGCUAUUCCGAGUCGGCCGAGUUGUCAUUUUCUUUAGAUCAUUUAUGCGAGUUCACUCGUGCUAUGGAGAAGCUGGGUUUGGAGAUCAUCGAGUGCUUGUCAAGCUCAGUUGGAUUUGAGAAUCCGCUUGGGAAGGAUCCGACCCGGUUUCGUUCGUUUAUGUGGAUAUCGGAGGGUUUGCCCGGAAAUAAGUUAGUAAUUCCUGGUGAGUAUUACCCGUAUGUUGUGGGUUUGCAGUAUCAAAUCCGGAGCCAAAAGUAUUCGCUGCUGGCCGACUCGGGUUGGGUGUCGGUUUUGCCACAACUGGACUCGGUCUUGGUGACUAUUGGAGACAUUGCCCAAGUGUGGAGCAACGGAAAGUUAAAGAAAGUGAGAGGAAGGCCAGUGAUGGCGUGUUUGGGAGAAAGUAAAAAUUGCAGUCGCAGCAUAUCAAUGUCAGUGUUGGUGAGUCUCCCUUUGGAGAGUAGAGUGGGCCCACUUCUUCUUCCAAAGGCAAGCGGUAUAUCUGGAUCUGGAAUCCGUGAGAGCAAUGACAAUGGCAAUGAAAAUGUUGGUGUUGGUGAUGAUGAUGAUGAUGAUGAAAAAGAAGAAAAAUUGGUGUUCAAUUCAUUUUGUUUGGAGGAUUACGCAUGGAAAGUCUCUCACGAGCGUCUCCCGCUUAGAGAUCCCCUUGAAAGAUACCGUAUUCGUUAAUAAUAAAAUUAAGAUUAAGUUGGACUUGUUUUGUUGUUUUAAGAAAAAGGUAGAUCAAGAAACUGAUGGAUAUGGAAUAUUUAGUGGGUCUAUGUUAUUUAUCUCUUUUUGAUUUGUUAA